GUAUAAAUUGUUGAUAUCAUCACGGUAAAAACGGUACAUUCAGAUGAACAAAUUCUUCUGAGAGGGGAACUAUACCUCUUUCACAUUUUACGAAACUAUUGGAUUUCCUUUUCUCAGGACUCGGUGCAUGAAAAACAUCAGUAAUCAUGUCUGUCGUAUGCUCAUCACAGAGUCUGCCUAUUUUCCUGUUCCUCAUUCCAGUGAGUCUCGUUCAUGGUGUUGCUGAAUUAAGAGAGCUUUGCGACCCAGACCUUUUAUCAUGUAAGAACAUCACUCUAUCUGGAGGGAGAUCGAUUCAACUCAUUCCAAAAUUAGCAUCAACCUCAAACAAUCGUGAACCAGCUCUGGGAAUAAAACUCCCCUCUUGGCGCCAUUUUGUCUGUGUUUUACCAAAAAGAAAUGAGACUCCUACGGAUACAUCGCCACCACUAGAAACUCUCGAUGGAGGAAGUUCGACAACUUCGCCAGAAAUUUCAUCCAGUGGAUCAACUGAAGUUUCGUCAGAACAAGCAAUGUCAGGCUCUUCAACUACUCCAUCAGAACCUACGACCAAUGAUACUCCCAUGGAUGCAUCACCACCCCAAGAAACUCCUGGUGGAGGAAGUUCGACAACAUCACCAGAAAGUUCAUCCAGUGGAUCAACUGAAAUGACUGAAGCUUCGUCAGAACAAGCAAUGACCCCAAUGACAGACUCUUCAACAAAUCCACCAGAACAAACGACCGACGAUGCGACUAUAACUUCGUCACACACUACAACAAUUCCUUCUACGGAGGCUUUACCUGAAACCACAACAAAGGGAACUUCAGAUGUGAAUUCGUGUAAGAUGCUCUAUUUAAUGGGGAAUCAAAUAAGUGGUGUCUAUGCCAUCUCUCCUAGCGGUGUGGGACUGACCGAUGUCUGCUGCGAUAUGACCACCGAUAACGGAGGGUGGACAAUCUUCCAGAAACGUUAUGACGGAUCUGUGGAUUUUUACCGCAAUUAUACCGAGUAUGUUCGUGGAUUUGGUGACGUCGAGGGCGAAUACUGGUUGGGACUAGACCAACUCUACUUACUUGCUAAAGAUGGAGUCGAACUCAGAAUCGAUAUGGUUGAUUACAAUAACAAUCAACUCUACGCUCAUUAUGGCAAUUUUAGCAUUGGAAGUACCAACACCAACUACCGAAUCGGGUUUUCAUCAUAUACCGGUACUGCAGGAGAAGGGCUAAAUGCAGCCAACGGACAAGCCUUCUCAACCUACGACAAUGACGGAACGAGUAAUUGUGCUUUUCAGUACAAAGGGGCGUGGUGGUAUAACAACUGUUAUACAGCCAACUUGAAUGGGGUACACGGACUCCAAAAUGAUUUGAAAGGGAUUGUUUGGAAUUGGCCUGACUCAAGAUAUAUGAGAGCUACAGAAAUGAAGUUAAGAUGAUCGGAUUGAUCCAUGUUGUUCUCAUUCCCUUCUACCUAAUUUUUGAAGUUCUUAUACAUAGCGAUUUUAAAGCAAUGUAGUCCAAGUGAUUGUGUAUAGAGAAUCACUUGAAAAACAGGAAUAAGUAAUUUAAUAUUUCAUAACGAUCGAUAUAUCCACAAUGGAUUUCAUGUCAACAUGAUAAACACGAACAUGGGCCUCAUGUUUGAGGGGGGAGGGGGGCAAUCUCGUAUAACUGGUAGAACCGGUAACCUUUUCACUCCUGACCAACUUGAACCCGUUCUCCCUCGCUCCUAAGCCCUUCAUUUUAUGUGUCAGUUCUCGAUGACCACAUUUCAUUGUAUCUCCAACCCCAACACCGAAGGAAAAAAAAAAUGCAGAACUUCAGUUCUUAAGGGUAUGGUAUCUGAUUUUCGGGCCAAACAUCCCUAUCCUUUCCAAUCCGAGUAGGGGCAGGGGCGUCGAUCCAUUUUUCAGAUGGGGGGGGGGUGCAAAAUCAUGAAAACGUUCCA